CUCCUCCUCCUACAAAAUUCCCCCAUUUCCUCCACCACCACCAAUUACAAGCCCACCUCAAUAUCUCUCUCUCUCCUCCUAGCUCUUUCUCUCGAAAACCAUCCCCCUCUCUCUCUCUCUCUCUCUCCUCCUAGCUCUUUCUCUCGAAAACCAUCCCCCUCUCUCUCUCUCUCUCUCUCUCUCUGAUAUUUCUGUGCAUGGCAGUGAGUUUGUUGGCUCGCGAGGUAUCUGACCUAUGCCUUGGAAAGCCUGCGCUCUGGUCUCUCUCCGUCUCUGCAACCGUGGGUGAGGCGCUGUCGGCUCUCAGGAGAUCCAGUGACCCGUAUUUGAGUGUAUGGAGCUGUGAUCAUUACCGUAACGCUUCAAGAUCUAAGCUUGAUGUAAAUGAAUGCCGUUGCAUUGGUAAGGUUUGCAUGGUGGAUGUCAUUUGCUUCUUGUGUAAAGAAGAGAAUCUGAAAAAUCCAGGUAGAGCUCUGGGGGAGCCCGUCUCUGUUCUCCUUCCCAAGGUUCCUGGCCUUGUUAGGCACUUGGAGCCGAACGCGAGCUUGUUGGAGGCUAUAGAUCUCAUCCUUGAAGGUGCACAGAACCUUGUGGUACCAAUUCACAGCCCCUUGUCAAGAAAAAAGUUGAUACCUAAACCUUCCUCCAACUCCACCCUCCACAACAAUCGCGAGUACUGCUGGCUAACACAAGAAGACAUAAUUCGCUAUCUUCUUAACUGCAUUGGUCUCUUCUGCCCCAUUCCUAACCACACUCUUGAGUCUCUCAACAUCAUAGACACCAAAUCCAUCUUGGCUCUCUGCUAUGAUGAGCCUGCCUCCGCUGCAUUACCCUUAAUAUCUGAAUCCCUUGUCAAGCAAACAUCUGUUGCUAUUGUUGACAAAGACGGCAAGUUGAUUGGUGAGAUCUCACCAUACAUACUUAAUUCUUGCGACGUGUCUGUGGCUGCUGCAAUUGCUACGCUCUCUGCUGGGGAUUUUAUGGCUUAUAUAGACUGUGGUGACCCACCAGAGGACCUGAUACGUUUGGUUAAGGAAAGACUGGAAGAAAGGAAUUUAGGUGAAGCUCUGGAGUUGCUGGAAGAAGAAUCAGGAAUUUCGCCAUCCUCAUCUUGUUCAUCAUAUUCAUCUUCAUCUGAUGAGGAGUUUGGACUGGGAAGGAGUGGGAGGUUUGGUGGGCAUUCAUCAAGAUUGGUGAGGAGUACUGAUGCAACUGUGUGCUUCCCAUGGAGCUCUUUAGUGGCAGUAAUGAUUCAGGCACUUUCUCAUCGUGUGAGUUAUGUAUGGGUUGUUGAAGAGGAUGGCACUUUGGUUGGAGUUGUUACCUUCUCAGGAAUGAUGAAAGUUUUUCGGGAACGUUUGAAGUCAAUGAUAUAGAGAUUCAAAACAAUACCAGAGAAGAACUGCCAAAAACAUGUUGAAAACCAACAUUCCUUUAUUAGAAGGAUUCUUAUUUUCGGUUUUUUUAGUUUCUUUUGUAAGAGAGGAUUAUAUUUUCUUCAUUUUUAGUUCUACGAGUAACUGUUAGGUUUGAAGUAAUUAUGAAAAUGAUGGAGCUUGUAUCGUAUGGCUUUUGAUGAUCAUACCUUUAUGAAGUUUUAUUUAGAUCUAACCUAUAAAUUAAUUGAAACAGGGUCCCAUACAAGGAUUACUAA